AUGUCCCGAGAAACAACAUCUCCAGUGUUCCCCAAGUGGAGGCCAGGGACCCUCGACAUCCACCACAUCGACACCGGCUGCGGCAAUUCCACACUAAUUGUCGGACCAGAUGGGACAACAAUUAUCAUUGACUGUGGGACUUCCAAGGAUAUUCCCUCGGGACAGGACGGCUCGCGCCGACCCGGCGAGCUGGUAGCGCGCUAUGCUCUGCGCAACAGCAACAGCACGAUGCUCGACUAUCUCAUCGCCACCCACAUCCACCCGGACCACGUCGGCGAUGUCCAUUCCGACACGUCAGCCAUGGGCGACGGCUUCCAACUGACUGGGCUCAGCGACGUUGACCGCCUCAUGCGGGCGAGCCUCGUCAUCGACCGCGGCUAUCCCAACUACGCCUUGCGGCCACCACUGCCACCGUCAGCACCUUUCGCCGACAAUUAUAUAGAGUGGCUCCAUACCAAGCGGCGGAAAUGGCGUGCAGUCACCCGCAUCGACGUCGGUUCGACGAGCCAGAUCAGGCUGCGCCGCCCUCAGGACUACCCGACAUUCUCCAUCCGCACGCUUGCCGCCAACGGCUCCGUGUGGACCGGCACCGGGGAGGAGAGCCGGUCGCUUUUCCCGGACCUCAGCACCCUGCCCCCGGAGGCGCUGCCAGAUGAGAACAAGUGCUCCAUGGCAUUUCUCGUGUCGUACGGCCUCUUCCGCUACUACACCGGCGGCGAUCUGAACUGCGACACGCAAGACGGUCGCUAUCCCUGGAUGGACGUCGAAACGCCCGUGGCCAGGGUCGCAGGCAAAGUCGACGUCGCCGUUGCCAACCACCACGGCUAUUUCGAUGCCUGUGGACCGGGAUUUGCUGCCCUGCUUGAUGCCACGAACUACAUCAUUCCCGCCUGGCACGUCACGCAUCCGGGAAUGGCCCAGCUGCAGCGCAUGCUUGGAGCGUGGCCGGGCGUGAGGAGGCACAAUGUCUUUGCCACCAGAAUGUUGCCCGAGAAUUGUCUGAUCAACAGUCGUUUCACUGCUGAGAUGCGCAGUCGGCAGGGCCAUGUGGUAGUUCGCGUAGAGCCGGGCGGGGGAAGCUAUAGAAUCUUGGUGCUUGACAGUAGCAACGAACAGGACUAUGUGACUGCUGAAUUUGGUCCUUAUAUGUGUAGCUGA